AUGCGCGGCUCACGGAAAAGAAAUAAUGCAAAUUCAACAACUCCCAAAGCCAAACAACGACGGCGUACCAAACCAAGUACCACCCAAUUCAAAUUCCAGAAAUGGAAGCCAGGUGGAUCUGCUUCGUAUCCAGACGAAGACGCCCCGGCGUUCAAUCUCGAAUCAGUGUCCCUAGCCUUAUCUCAAGGUUGGGAUCCCAGUACAUCUUGGACAGAAGAUGAGCUUGUCUUUCCGCCCCCCAAUUUUGGCUGCGUGGCACCCAUGUGUACUGACCCCUGGUCACAUUUUAAUACACCAAUUCACCGUGCUCUCUUUGAGAGACAGUUCGACGUGGCUCAAAUCUUGCUAGAUCAUGGCGCAGAUAUUGACCAGCUGAACGCUUCUGGCCGCACCGUACUCCACGAAGCUAUUGACCAAGGAAUCAACACGCUUACUCAGGGAUGGACCGAUAGAGUCCCAUGGAUCAUCGAACGCGGUGCCAACCUGGACAAGAAGACCGAGGACAGGGCCGUUGUUGUUGCUAAACAAUCGUAUAGUGGCGAACCACACCAAUAUCACAGAUGCGGCGGUAUCUCCCUAUUAAGGAUGGCCACCAUUGAAAGGGACGUGGCCAAGGUGCAACAUCUUGUUGCAGCUGGUGCCAAUGUUAAUAUGCCACUUGACGAAGACGGAUAUUGGUCCCCUCUUGAUGUUGCGUUUCUAAGCCGCCGGUUCGACAUGGUCGAGAUUCUUGAGAACGCUGGCGCAUCUUUUUCGACAGAAAUGGAGAACAGCACAUUUGGCGCCAAUGACACCGCAAAAACCAAGACAAGCAAUUUGUACCUUGGAGAAGCCAAGACCUUACUUUCUUUCUGUCUGUCCAACAAGAUUUUGCCUUUACCUACAGCCGAACAAAGUGACAGCAUCACUCUUUCUAGUUGCCGAGAUGUUUUUCGCUCGAUUGUCGAGACAGAUGAAUUUAGGACAGCCUGGAGCCAGCAAGGUAGCUGCGAUGCUCAUUCACGGUAUCAGGCUUCUUUGUCCAUAUUCUUUCGGAUUCUCUCAGAAAAAGCGCGGGCAAGAAACCCUUUAGAAAUACCAAAAUCUUAUUGCGUGCUUUGUAACGAUGUCAUUACCAAACUGAACUUAUCAACAUCUUCUGAUCUUCGACAUGCACCUACUUUGCAGGAAUUGGAGAGAACGUCUCAUGAUGGCUGUCCAUUUUGUGGCCUGCUGCUCGAUGCGCUCGACGCGAGCACCUCUACUGAGGGUAAUAAGGGAAACACCUCUCCAGGUACUGAUUCUGAAGAUACUACCAUCAUUUUACGCGUCUACAAAACAUUUAGCGAAUCACGUCUGCAGGUACGGCAAGGUGAUAGAGUUUCAAGCCUAAAGAUCAGCCUCCUAGAAGAGGAGUUUCUCAACUACUCCCCCGACAACAGCGAGGAUCAAGUUGAUGGGACUGGAUCUCUCCGAGCCCUGUCAUUAAGUAAAACCUGGUUGAAGCGUUGCAGAGAGUCACAUAUCGACUGUCGACGAUUGCACGAUUUGACAGACCCUAUUCUACCAACUCGCGUUCUGGACGUGACCGGCGGCACAUUACACAACCCAGAGAUCAAGCUCAUCGAAACGAGCAGAGUGAAAAGGGGGACAUACUGCGCCCUAUCAUACUGCUGGGGGAAGUCACGUUGCAUCACAACAACGAAGGCCAACUUAGCCAACCAUAAACAUGUCAUUCCUUUAACAACGCUUCCCAAGACAAUCAGGGAUGCCGUGCUGGCAACCCGAGGCCUCGAAAUAGACUACCUUUGGGUGGACAGCCUUUGCAUUGUGCAGGACGACACUGAUGACUGGGCAUUCGAGGCAGCAAGGAUGGGUGAUGUUUACGCAAAUGCUAUGCUUACAAUAUCCACCUUGUCCGGAACCGACUGUGACGACGGACUUUUCACGCCGCAUUCUCUCAGACAGCAAUACGUUCUGCCAUUUCCUAUACCCCCUACGGAGGGGCUUGCUCCGGACGCGCGAUGGUUGGUGCCCGCAAUACAGCCACCUGUGAAAGAAACCCGUUAUGGAGUGCUUGAGCUACCCCUUCGAGGACCUAUUCACUCCAGAGGCUGGACUUUCCAGGAGCAGAUGCUCAGCACUCGAAUCCUAUGGUUCAAUCAUGGCCACGUUCAGUGGGAAUGCCUGUCAAAAUUUGCUGUAGAUUCGUCUCCGGAUUCCAUGGGCCACUAUGAACAUCCUGGAAGAGACUCUGAUGAGCCGUAUCGCUCUCGUCGAAUGAAAGAGCAUCUACAGAGACCCUUCAAAGUCAACGUCACUCUUUCUCAAUCUGAGCAACAAGACCAUGGGACCGAGAAAGGAAAGUCCUGGGCAGAGGAAGACCGACUCGCUGCUUAUGCGGAAUGGGAGACUCUGGUAGCCGAUUACACGACAAGAAAUCUCACGAAAGAGUCGGACCGUAUUCCUGCAAUCCUUGGUCUAGCAAAUGUAAUGGGGCCGAUGUUUCAAUGUGAUUUCUUUAUGGGCAUUUGGAAAGGUGAACAUUUCCUCCGCAGUCUCCUAUGGCGAGUUCAAACUGUGUCAACAUGCGCUUCCCUGCAGUCCAGCAACUCGUACCCAUCUUGGACAUGGGCAUCGAAGCCUGGGUGCGCAAUCGGAUAUUCUAUGGCUAACAAAGGUGGAGGCCGCGCAAGUUCGUGGCCUACUUCGCUUGUUGCAAUAGAUGAUACCCACGUAUGGAACGGCAUAAAAGGUUCUAUCACUCUCAAGGGCCCCCUGGGUAAGAUCACGCCGGAUCAAAAGACACGUCUCAGUGAAAGCUUCGGCUUUUAUGUUAUAAAGCAGAUAUCUAUGGACCGUGAUCCAAAGGACAGUCUACCACCAGAGCUUUCUGUCUGGUUUAUUGAUAUUGUCAAGUUUGAGCACGGUGCUGAACAAGUGGGAUAUGGGUAUCCCAUGUGGCCUGAAGGCCAACCCAGUUCUGUCGUCAAGUUGCUUCUUGAAGCUGUUGACUGUGAGGAACCCCCGCGGGUAUUUAGGAGAAUCGGAAUUGCUCAUAUCGAAUCGGAAGAGCAGGAUGUUGUGUUGCGCGAGAUUAAAAUCGUCUGA